CCGGCUAUGAUUUCGAGUCCUUAGCAACGGAUCAACGCCGAGAGAAGGAGGUCAUCUACGCAGGCGCACAGUAGGCGGCAAACCAGAAUAAUAACAUGGAUCCGCUGGAGGAGAAUGAGACGAUUUUGGUGCCUUCGGCUAUAGUGACAACUCCACCUUUGAUGCGUAACAGUCGCCCGGAGGAGCUGUUGAGCCAGAGCAGCUCUCCUGGAAGUGGUACACAAGUAUCCAGUGCCAGUGGAUUCUCUCUGGGGGAGGCUAUUGUUCAGAGAGCAAAACAGGGUUUGGAACCAUGGUACCAGUUACAAUCAGAAGAGGAUUUUGGGUUGCUUCCAGGAUCCUCUGUGACCUUGCCCUCUGAACAUACAGCUACAUAUGGGGUAGAUGAUUUGCCAAGCCUGGAAGAAGGCUUUAUAACAAUGACUAAGGAACCUGAAUAUAUGAAAGGAAAAGACCUAUUGUUUACACCAAAGCUUGAUUAUCAGGACAGUUUUUUGUCUCCUGCUCUUCCACUCCUGACUCAAUAUAGUGAUGGGACCUUAUUUGAACAGACAAACCUUGAAUUUGCCCCUUUAAGGCCACAUCCAGACAACUCUUAUAUGACAGAAGAGUUUCCAAGACCCCUCCAGCUCAAUCCUGCAUUACAACUUGCAACAACUGAGGUCUUCUCAGACUCUAUCAGCAGUGGGCCCCUUUCCCAAUAUCCCUUAGUGAUGAGCACAUUUGACCCUGAUGAUAACAAUAUAAACAUAAUACUACCUCAGCACCACUUCUCUCACAGAUCUGUCCUUGAAGAACAAGUAGAAAGAGAAUUAAGGGAAGAAUGUGAGUUGCCCCUGGUAGGGCAAGAAGAAUGUUCCAACUGUGCAGAAUCCCAAGUUCAUGAAGAAAAAGGUGGUCAAAAAUCAGAGAGCAAUGAUCAAGCACUGCGUGAAAAGCUGUCUAAGGCGUCAAUGGCAGACAAUGCAUCUUUUUUAGACAGUGACAUUCCUGUUCCACUCUUGCUUGAAUUGCUGGAAAAAGAAGUUGGAGUAUCGAGUAGUGGAACUUGUUCAUCUGUUUCUACAAGCUCUUCUCAUGCAGAGUUACCUAGUAGAAAUCUUGAAAAAUAUGAAACAGUCCCUUUGGACAAUGACAGACUUGCAUCUCCCAAUGUUAUAAGUGACACUAUAGCAAACUCGGUAGCACAAGGAUUUACAUUCCCCUCAUCUGAGCUCUCUGACAACAUAAGAGACCAACCUGUAGUGGGAAAUGUUGUACCAUCUGUUGAUUCCUCUGAUGAGCAAAAAGAGAAAAAUGAAUUGAAUGCUUCUAAUGCAUCUGUUGAAUCCCAUGUGACUGCCACACAGGAAAGUACAAAAUCCAAUGAAAAUAAGGUUGAUGUGGAUUCCCAUGGCACAUACAGUGGGAGAGCCAGCACAGUUAUAGAAUUCCCAACGGAUCUUAGCAAAGGUUCUUUGGAUUGUAGUGUUGAAAGAGGUUUUAAAGAGGGUGAGCUAUCAUCAUCUGCUCAUCAAACUAAUGUGGAUUCAUCUGUUUUUGGUUUACCUUUAAAACCCAUUUCUCAGUCAACUCCUGGAAUGUUCUUAGGUGCACCUAAAUCUAUUGUACAAAAUAAUUUGAGUAAAGUGACAACUAUUCAAUCAAAAAAAGAAUGUUCUUUGGAUAAACUAAGUCCAAUUCAAUCAAAACAAGAAAUGCUUUUUUUGUCAACUAGUACUUCCCUGGAUAUCACACCCAAGGCAUUGCUUAAUUCCUCUACAGGUAAAGAAUUACCUGAACCCGCACCUGAGACUAAUAGCUCUUCCACUGGAAAAUGUUCAAAUGAACAAUCUCAAUUUGUAAACAAAAGGAUUCAAUCACUACCUGCGCUUAACUAUAUGGAAAAGGUGGGAGCAUGGAAUAUGACUUUUCCAACCAGUAAAACAGAAUUUGAUAACCUGGCUUUGCGUGGCUUCAGAGGUGUCUCACCAAGGCAAAAGGCCUACAGUGCAAUUGCUGAUUCAUUAAACCAGCUGUUGUCCAGAAAGAAUAGCACUAAAUCCUUGUCACAAUCAACCAGUGCCAACAGUAAGAGCCCUAAGAAGAGCCUUGCUUCUUCAUUUUGUGGAAAUUUGUCUCCAGCUACAGAUUUUCUGGAAAACAAGGAAAGUUUGACAAAUUCACCUUUAGCCAGGUCUUGGUCUUGCACUUCAAUCAAAGAGGAGCUACUAGCUCUAGAUCAAACACAGGAUGAUGCGCCUUGUCAAAGCAUAGAAGGGGCAGAGAAAAUAACAAAAUAUCUCCCUGAUAAUAUUGUUUUAACUCGAGUUCUAAAUAGCUGUGGAAAAGAAAAUUCUCAGGUGAAAGCAGUAGAGAAAAGGGAAAGUGACAAGGACCAUGGUAAUUUGGUUAAAAGCAAUAUCCUUAGUUCAGAUAGUGCCAACUGCAAUUUGGAUAAACUGUUGCAGUCUGUGGAACGUGAACACCAUCAUUGUGAAGGUGGCCCAGCUGACAGAUUUAGUGAUGAGUCUCCAAAUGAAACUGUUGGUACCUUUGUCAGUUUCCAGGAUGCAAACUCUAAAGAUGUCAACAAUCUUCAUGCCUCUUAUGACGUCUCUGCAGUUUCACCUCCAAAUAAUUUGCAAGCUGAUAGUUAUGCUUCUCAUUGUGUAACCAACCCAUCAACACCAGUAAAGAAUGUAGAAUUUAAUAUUGAAGAAAGAAUUCCCCAUUACCUUCGUGCUUUGGGGAUUGACCAGUCUCCAUCCACCAUACUUACCCCUUUUGCACCAAGAGGACCAAUUCGAGAACCAGAGUUUUCACCAACUGAUCUUUGCACAAUAAAGGGCUCUACAUGCACUCAGCAGUCAGAAGGAGGCAGUCCUUUGAAAGGGGAUUUCUCGCAAUCAAGCAUUUUGUCUGUCAAUUCCACUCUAAGCCUGUCAGUCCCACUGGGAUCUGAUGCUGACAGUGAAACUCCAUUGCCCACAGAACCAGCUGUAACAAAUGAUUUCAGGUCCUCUGUUGAGAGACCUGCCAGUCAGUGCAGUCCCCAUGUUGAUUUUCAUCCUAUAGACCAUUCCUUAGAUAUCCCUUUACAAAAAUCCUGCUCUUCUGGAUCUGAAAACAGCAAGUUACAUUCUGAAGAGUCUCCUGCGCACUUUACACAGCAGCAAAGUCCUUCUGUGAUUGGAGUACUGGCAUCUGAAAAUGUCCAAAACAAUAUAAACAACUUUGAUUCUUGCCAUCCAUCUGCUACUCCUGAUAAUUUACCUUCAAUUUCUUUGGUGGCUUCAGAACAUCAGACUGAGGUGAUGAAUAGCCCUGCUUUAAAUUUAUCAUCGGGGUCUUUGCUGACCAAAGAAAGUCAAGCUGAGAUGAAUAAUUCUAUUUUAAACUCCUCUGAAUCUUCUCCUGGAAGGAUAGCAUCUGAGACAUCUUUUCAAAAUUUAAACAUAGAUAAUGAUUCCUUUGCUGGGGCAACAACUUUAAAAGAGAUACGAAUGCUUUUGAGUAAGACUGAAGAACCUCCUUUUUCAAGGUCUUCCUUCUCCUCCCCAUCUGCAUCUUUAAGAGGUUCUGAAGACCUUUCAGCCUAUUUAUACAAGGGACUGGACAAUUUUCAAAGUUCUUUGGCAUCACAUUUUGAUGUCAAUGACAAUGGUUCCUAUUGGUACAAGUCAUCAUCAUCAUCAUCAACAACUUUGUCAUUAUUAACCCUGGAUGGAUUAAAAGAAAGUUUAAUUUUUGAUGGCUGUUUUUCAACUAGGUCAUCUUCCCCCAGUUCAUUCAUUUCUCAGGGAAAAAAAUCAAUCCAAUCGAAAAGGCAGGAGAAAAUCGAUUCACUUACAGAAUCAAAGCAGGUUGGACAUGAGUAUGGACAGGGUGGAUCAUUUAUUGCUGACAGUAUCAAGAGGUUUGAGCCAGAAGGUUGUAGUGAGGCCAGACAAAUCAAUGCUAGUUUUGCUUCCACAAUGAGCUUUGCUGCUCCAAGUCUUGAGCUUGAUGAUGUUCAGGAAAAUCCUGAAGAUAUAGCCCAAGAAACACCAGAAAACCAUUUUUUUACCAUGUACUGUGACUGA